AUGGCAGUGAAUCUAACACUUGUUACUUCGAAAGUUGAAUAUGGUAAAAUAAUGAUCUCCUCUUCACCUUCCACAGCAGAUAGAUUUGUGAUAUCUAGUGCAGUUCGUCGAACACCUGGUCUUAAGGUAUAUACACAUAUACAUGUUACUGAAUCUGGACGUUUGCCGAGAACAAAAUUCAAAUUCGAACGCGAAGGUUUAAUCAAACGGAUCAUAGAAUGGAAAAAAUCGUUAUCUACUACAACUACGCCGGUUUCAUCUUCAAGUAGUGGACAACCAUCCUUAUCUCAAGAUGUGAAUCCACUGAUAAGUCUUGCUAAUAAUGCCAAAGCAACUAUCAACACAGGACACAUAGAAUCGGCUAUGUUAUCAUUAGCGGCGAAUAGUCAAACUAAUGUACCCGAAAUGGCUCAGAAUUAUUUAUCAGCUAUUAAUACCUUGGAAACGUUUGGUGAAAGUAUGGUACCUCCAGAACGACGUAUUUACUAUCGAUGUAAAGCAUGUAAUCAAGUCGUCUGGUUGUCACAAGAAAUGAGUGCGUUCAUAAACUUUCCUGGUUGCUUCAUGUGUCAGACGGAAUGGCUUAAUAAUCUAUGUAAAUUCAAGUGA